UGCCACAUUAGAGAGAGAGAGCCAUGGUGGCUUUUAGCCUUUUACAGUGUGAAUUUGAGAAAUGUGAACUCACAUGUCUGCCCAAGGACUUUUCUAAAGGAAAGGUUGGUUCUGUUUCAUUCUGUCUCUUAUUCUGCAAAUAUGGUUGUAAAUUUCUUAGAGAAUAAUAGAAAGAAAAAAAACCAUUUGGGACAGUGUGGUGGAUUCUCUUACUGUUAAUUUUCUGUGACAUUGGAGAUGUUGGAUGUUAUGUUGACAAUGUCUUUGAGUAAUCCAUCCCAGACAUCAUUGUGUUUUGUAACAAAUCCUUGUCCUAGAUAUUUGUGCAAGCCAAGGUUGUGGCAACUUCAAGCUACACCCCCAUCUUCAAUUAUAUUGAAUGCAGAUGAAAGUGGGAAAUUUUCCAGAAACCUUCAUGGCUCAAACCUUGUAUCAGGAAAGGGUGAAGAAUCUGGUGCUCCUUUUCUCACUCAGGGAAGCAGUGUUGGUAUAAUUGGAGGGUUUUCUGUUGAUGCCACCCUCAACUUCAUAAGCAAACUUGUGGAGUUGAGUUCAGAAGAUGGAAGAAGAACAAGUUCCAAUAUUCCUUUUGUGCUUUGUUCUGAUCCUGUGUUGAACAAGGAGCUUCUUUCCUAUGAAAGGAGUUGUUUUGUUGCAAGUAAAGGGGAAAGUUUGAAACCUGAUUGUUAUUCUCAGAUUGUGCAGAGUCUUAGAAGCAAGAGGGCUUUUCUUGAGAAUUCUGGGGCUGGUUGCAUAGUCAUGCCUUGUAAUGUGUCACAUUCUUGGUAUGAACAAGUAUCCAAGGGUUGUUCUGUCACAUUUCUUCACAUGGCUGAGUGUGUUGCCAAGGAGCUCAAGGAAGCAAAGUUAAAGCCACUUGAAGCUGGUAGCCCUUUGCGGAUUGGAGUGCUCGCAACAAAUGCAACUCUUGCAGCAGGUUUCUAUAAGGAGAAGCUUCAGAAUGAAGGAUUUGAGGUUGUACUACCUGAUAGAGCAACCAUGGAGCAUACAGUAAUACCUGCAACUGAAGCUUUGGACAGAAAGGACAGGGAAGGGGCAUGCAAUCUAUUGAGAAUUGCACUUCAAGUUCUUCUGGUGAGGGCAGUUAAUACUGUUAUCCUUGCUUCUGACGAGAUGCGGGGUCUCUUGCCCCAUGACGAUCCUCUUCUCAAGAAAUGUAUUGAUCCGUUAGACGCCUUAGCCCGAUCAACUAUCAACUGGGUAAGAUCCUCUGGAGAUAAUACAUGAACAACAAUAGAAAGCAACUGUUGUAUUUCAUUGUGUCAAUAUUCUUUUUAUCUCAUUGAUAUUAUGCAUUUCAUUUAUAAUACUCUUGAUUUUACCAAUAUUGUAAUCAAGCCAAAAUGUAUGUUUAGUAUCAGAGCAUGUAUUCCUUCUG